AUGGCUGACGACGAUCUUGAGCUUCAUCUUGGGAAGAAAAAGAAACCAAAGAAGGUGAUCAAACUUGAUGACGAUGAGCCCACUCCCACCCCUGACACUGUGGCCGAUGAUCUAGGUGAACUGAAACUUGGAGGAAAAAAGAAGAAGAAACCUAAAGUUGAGGAGGACGAAGAGAAAAAAGAUGAAGGAGUGGCUGAUCUAGGAAUUGGAAUUGGAAUCACUAAUCUCAUCGACGCUACUCGGCCGUGGCCAGACUACACGUAUGAUGAGUGCUUAACACUUGUCUUCAAUAUUAUGCGUGAGAAAAAUCCUGAAUUGUCCGGAGAAAAAAAGAAAUUUGCGAUGAAACCGCCUGAGGUUGCUCGUGCGGGCAGCAAGAAAACUGCAUUUUCGAAUUUCGCUGAGAUUUGCCGACUAAUGAAACGACAAGACAAACACGUUCUUCAGUUUCUUUUGGCUGAACUUGGUACUACUGGUUCAAUCGAUGGCAACAACUGCUUAAUUGUCAAGGGUCGAUUUCAACAAAAACACUUUGAGAGUGUAUUAAGGAAAUAUAUCAAAGAGUAUGUAAUGUGCCAUACAUGUCGUUCGUCGGAUACGCAGCUCACAAAGGACACUCGACUUUUCUUCUUGCAGUGCCAAACUUGUGGAUCAAGGUGUUCAGUCACAGCGAUCAAAAGUGGUUUCACAGCUAUGGUCGGUAAGCGAGCAGCGGCUCGUAGAGCAGCUGAAGCAAUUGCCGGCAAAUAA